AUUAUUUUCUUAGCUGGUUAUAAAUGGACAAUUUUCAUUGCACAAAUUGGUUUUCUUCUUUUCGUUGCUGCAAAUAUUUAUCCAAAAGUAUGGCUUAUGUAUCCAACAUCGGCUGUUUGUGGUAUUUUUCAAGCUGCAUUCUGGACAGCUCAAAGUGCAUAUAUUGCUGAUUUAGGCAAAACGGAUAAAAUUGGAGAGGAAGAAGCAAAGGAAAAUAAAUAUUUUGGUAUUUUCUAUGCAACAUUUCAAACUAGUAAAGUCAUCUGUUGUUCGAAUACUCAUAUAAAUUUUUCUUUGACUAAAGGUGAAGUUUGGGGAGAUUUAAUUACAUAUCUUGUUUUACGAAAUGGUUUGGUUAUGAUGGUAUAUGGUAUUGCCGCUUCUAUAUUCAGUAUUAUUGUUGGUUAUGUGGGAAAAUUUCACCGUCGUUCAUUGAUAUUUGUAAUUGCUUCUAUUGUGUGUUAUGGAUCAUUAAUUGCAAUGCUUUUAUGGAAACCAUAUUCAUCUCAAAUGUAUGUUCUAUAUAUUUUAGCUAUUCUACAAGGACUAGCAAGUGCUAUAUGGGAUCCAGUUGUAUCAGCUUUAUAUGAAACUGUGUUUCCCAAGGAAGAGGAAGCAGCUUUUUCAAGUAUGUGGCUAGGUGACAAUACAGGUCAUCUUGUUGUUUAUUUAUAUGCCGGAUCACUUCGUGCUCGAACAUCAAUUAUUCUUCAAAUUAUUUAUUUAACAAUAGCUUUAAUUGGAUAUUUUAUUUUGGACAUUAAACAAACUUAUCAACAAAAAAAACUACCACCUGUUGCUUUAGCAAAUGUAGCUGUAAUUGAAACACAAUAA